AAACGGUAGAUAACUCAUGACGAAAAUUUUACAGACAAGCGACUUUCGCUGCAUGUGUACAACAUUUGGUUUUAAUUCAACAAUAAGUUUCAAAUGGAUACAGAAGGAAUUGAAAACGAUAUAGAAUUAAUCAGUGAGUGGCCCAUAAUCCAAGAUGCUAAACCACUCUACAAAGGUUCAACUAAAACUGAUAAAAAUUUGCAAGACAAGCCAAAUGAAGCUGAGUUUGAUUCAAAGAGAACAUUUGACUAUUCAAAUGAAAUUACUAGCAACUGCAAAAGGAGUACAGAAGCACCAGUAUUAGAUACUCAUCUGAAAAAAAGGAAGUACAGCGGGGAAAAAGAAAGUCUUGCCAACACUGCUUUAGCUAAAUGGUGGCGACGUAACCAAUCUCAAUGUGGAACUGUAGAUACUGCAGCUGUUAAAGGAUGUCAUCCAAAUACUUUAAUAAAGGUGAUUGCAAGGUCACCAGCUGGUAAACAAUUCAUUCAGGAUGAAAUACAAAGGUUAAGAAAGCAGUUAAUGCAAGAUGCAGUCUCUGCAGAUGUACAUGCUGCUCUGGGGUCUUUUCUGGAAAAACAGGGUGAUAUUAUAGAGGCAUUAUAUCACCUAGAUAUGGCAGUUAAAGGGGAACCAGAGGAAAAAGAAUAUAAAUGGUUAUUACAGAAAUUAAAAAGAAUUUUGAAAAUCAAGACAAUACAAGAGGAAGGUCUGCAAAGAGUCAAACCAGGAUUAGAGUUUCCUUCAUACAAACAGGUUGAAAGAAUAUCAGCAAACGAUUUGACAGUUGAAGAUUUCUACCACAAUUAUGAAUGUACCAGUACUCCAGUUAUAAUAACUAAUAUACAGAUGACCAGAGUACCAUGGACAUUAAAUCAUGUUAAGGAGAUAGCAGGAAACUGUACUGUUACCCUUAAGAAACCAGUCAAACAGUCAGUAGAAUGGGCAAGAUUAGAGAACAGUCAGACAGUUCCUGUGUCAGCCUACAUUGAUCAGAUUGAAGAUAAUACAUUGGAGGAGCCUUUGUACCUGUUUGACUGGAGUAUACCUAUCAACUGUCCACUAUUAGCAGAGGAGUUGACCAUACCCAAGUAUUUUGCAGGUGAUUUUCUGAAAAGGACUGAUGAAGGAAGUUUAUAUAAAGAUAGUUGGCCGAGCUUGUUUGUUGCACCAGAGGGAAUAACUAGUGAAUUACAUGUUGAUGCUUUUGGUUCCAAUUUUUGGAUGGCAUUAUAUCAAGGGAAAAAAAGAUGGGUAUUUUUUCCACAGUCUAAUGUACCUUAUUUAUACCCAGAGUAUGAUCACAGUUUAGACCCUGUAUUUGCUGUUGACUUAUCCAAGCCAGACCUUACCAGAUAUCCACUGUUACAGCUAACUACACCUAUAGAAUGUGUUCUAGAACCAGGUGAUGUUUUAUUUGUACCUGCUGGAUGUCCUCAUCGUGUAGAGAACCUGGAAACAUCAGUAGCUAUCUCAUCAAAUUUUGUUGAUCAAUCAAAUUUUGCUCUGGUAAAACAGGAGUUAAAGAUCAAUGCACUUAUAGACAUCAGAUCAGAAGAACUUCUUAGGCAGUUUGAUAAUGAAAACUUUAAUGAUAAAAUGGAUAUGCAUAUAGAGGACAAAGUCUUUUGUAGAUAUAAAGAUGUUAAAAACUGAUCAUUAAAUAUUUAGAAGAGAA